AAAAAAUAAAAUCACCACCUUUUCAUUUUGAGACACUUUUCAUAUAUAUCCCACUAACCUUCCUCUUCUCUACCUUUAACAUGGAUUCUUCUGCAACUCAAGUAGUAACCUUCCAAAAUCACCAUGGAAACACCAAAACCAACGAAUCACAACAAAACCAUCCACCUUCCAAUAACCAUGGUGGUUGGAGAGCUGCCAUUUUUAUCAUCUUCGUCGAAAUAGCAGAGCGGUUUACAUUUUAUGGCCUCUCCGGAAAUCUAAUAACCUUCAUCACAAAAGAGCUCAACCAGUCCACACCGACGGCAGCCAAAAACGUCAACACGUGGCUCGGCAUCACCUCCUUCUGUCCGUUCCUCGGUGCCUUCAUUGCUGACUCCUUCCUCGGCCGCUUCCGGACCAUUCUCAUCUCCUCCAUCAUUUACUGCAUGGGGAUGGCUCUUCUGGCCGUGUCGGUGUCGUUGGUUCCUCGACGGCGGUGGUAUGGGAAGGCGGUGUUCUUUACAGCGCUUUUUGUGGUGUCAAUCGGCGAAGGUGGGCAUAAACCGUGUUUGCAGACCUUUGCGGCGGACCAGUUUGGAGAAGAGACGGAAGAGGAGAAAAAGGCCAAGAGCUCCUUCUUUAACUGGUGGUACUUCGCGCUUGUGCUCGGUGCUUCUGCCGCCACUUUUGCUGUCAUUUAUGUGCAGGACAAUAUUGGGUGGGCAGCAGGGUUUGAGAUACUGGCAGGUGGAAUUGGAGCGGCAUUGGUAUUGUUUUUAUUGGGAACUAGAAGAUACAAAAAGCAGGGUCCUCUGGGGAGUCCAUUCACUGCAAUAGCACAGGUGUUUGUGGCUGCAACUAGAAAGUGGAAUUUGAAUAUUGUUGGUCACAAUCCUGCUGACCAUCCUUAUUUUGGCAUUUAUUAUGGAGAUCAUGAUCACUCUAAUAUACUUAAGCCAAGGACUUUGCCUCCUACCAAUCAGUUCAGAUUUUUGGACAAAGCAAGAAUGAUAGACAAAAUCGAUGCCUCAAACAAAAUAAGAAAUCCAUGGAGGUUAUGUUCAAUAAACCAAGUGGAAGAAGUGAAGCUUGUCCUCCGUUUGAUUCCCAUAUGGAUGACUUGCAUAAUGCUCCUAGUAGUUCAAUCCCUUUUCAACACGUACUUCACCAUCCAAGGCAGAACGAUGAUCAGGUCAAUAGGACCAAACUUCAAGCUUCCUCCAGCAUCACUUCAAAUCUUUGCUGGUUUCACAAUCAUACUCACCAUCCCAAUCUACGACCGGGUUUUUGUCCCACUAGCCCGGAAACUCACCGGAAAACCCUCUGGAAUCACCGUGCUGCAGCGGAUUGGUGCCGGCCUAUUUAUGUCCCUAGUUAACAUGGUGGUCUCAGCUCUUGUAGAGGCCAAAAGGUUAAGUGUAGCAAGAGAACACAAACUUGUAGACAAUCCAAAAGCAGUAGUAGUACCAAUGAAGGUUUGGUGGCUACUUCCACAAUAUGUGCUUUGUGGUUUUUCGGAUGCGCUUUCUUUUGUUGGAAUCCAAGAACUAUUCUAUAAUGAAAUGCCUGAGAGCUUGAGGAGUUUGGGAGCAGCAGCAUAUGUGAGCAUCGCAGGAGUUGCAAACUUCAUUAGCAGUGCUAUUAUAUCAGUUGUUCAAGGACUUAGCUCCAACCAUGGACAUAAUAGUUGGCUGGAUGACAAUUUGAACAGAGCUCACCUUGACUACUACUAUUGGAUUAUGGCAGGAUUGAGUGCUUUGAAUCUAUGUGCUUAUGUAUGGAUGGCCAAGAGAUUUGUGUAUAAAAAGGUUGAUCAAGAAGAUGGAAUUGAGGAGGGAAAAACUAUAAAUUAAUUUGAAUUGAAAUGAUGGAAAGUGUGUUUAAUUAUGGAGAAAAUAGCUAGUUUAGGUGUUGCAAUAAAUGUCGAACUUGAUCCAGAAAAUUUUAGUUUUAUUGGUUAGAUGGUUGUUUUGUAUGAUACACAUUGGCGUACACGGAAACGUGUAUAUUUACACUGAGCACAUACAGAACCAUAUAAAUAGAUCAAUCUCUGGCUUUAUACAUGCCACGUUGAAAUACUAU